UUUCAAAGAGUGAUUUUUUUUUUUUUUUUUUUUUUUAUAAAAUUUUUUGGGGGUUUUAAUUUUUCUGUAUUUUAUUUCGAGAUUUUUUUUCUCGGAAUGAAUGGAAAUGGUGGAGGUGAAAGUGGAGGGAGUGUGGACAUGGAGAGAGUAGUGUAUAUGUGGGGAUAUUUGCCGGGGGCUUUGCCGCAGCGCUCGCCGCUGUUGUCGCCCGUGGCGGUGAGUCUUCCGCCGACUAUUGGUGCCGGAAGGUUCUGGAGAGAUGUUUGCGGCGGUGGUUGCGGUUUUGCUAUGGCAAUUUCAGACUAUGGGAAGCUUAUUACUUGGGGUUCUACGGAUGAUUUAGGUCAAAGCUACGUGACAUCGGGGAAACAUGGAGAAAUGCCAGAGCCUUUUCCCCUUCCCAAUGAAGUUUCAGUUAUAAAAGCUGCUGCAGGUUGGGCACAUUGUGUUGCUGUUACAGAGAAUGGAGAAGUUUAUACAUGGGGGUGGAAAGAGUGUGUCCCUUCUGGCCAGGUUUAUGGAGAGCCAUCUAUGGGACUAAACGUAAAGAAGGAUGUAAUUGAGAAGCAGACUACUACAUUCACAGACCAAGUAAGCCCUCGCUCCCAGGGGUCAAGAUCAACUGGUGGUAAUAUGUCUGGUUUUGAAAGUGGAGGGGUUAGGGGAGAUGAUGGUGCAAAAAGAAGACGCUUGUCAUCUUCUAAACAAACUGCAGAGGGCUCACCGUCAUCUGAUGAAAGUCUGUCAGCGUUGCCUUGUUUGGUCACAUUGAACCCAGGAGUUAAAAUUGUUAGUGUAGCAGCUGGUGGCAGGCACACACUAGUGCUGUCAGUUCCAGAUAUGGGACAAGUUUGGGGUUGGGGUUAUGGAGGUGAAGGGCAGCUUGGUUUGGGUUCUCGGAUUCGCAUGGUGUCCUCUCCACAUCCUAUUCCUUGCAUUGAGUCUUCUCCCUUGGUAAAGGAUAGAGGAAUUGGCGUUUCUCAUGGAAGCAUGGGUUUAGAAGGACAAGGCCUUCGAGUUCCAGGGAGUUAUGUGAAAAGAAUUGCUUGUGGAGGCCGCCAUAGUGCUGUAGUUACAGAUGCUGGGGCACUACUUACUUUUGGUUGGGGACUCUAUGGACAGUGCGGCCAAGGAAGUACUGAUGAUGAGCUAAGUCCUACUUGUGUAUCUUCGUUACUUGGCAUCAAAAUAGAAGGUAUUUCUGCAGGACUCUGGCACACAGUAAGCAUUUCUGCAGAUGGUGAUGUAUAUGCAUUUGGUGGCAACCAAUUUGGGCAGUUGGGAACUGGAGGCGAUCAAGCUGAGACUCUCCCCCGGCUUCUUGAUGCUCCAAAUUUGGAAAAUGUGAAUGCAAAAGUUGUAUCAUGCGGAGCACGCCACAGUACUAUAGUUACAGGUAUGGUGUGUACUAGCUAAAUGUUGCUUUGUGCAAAAUAACAUUUAUAUGAUAAGCUGCUUUGCUGUAAAACCCAUUCUAGGUGAUAGACAGGGACUAAUUAUGUGCUUUGUUGUUGCUAUCAUGGAGAUGAUUGAAAACUUCCUGUGCAUCUUAUUAGUGUAAGAAAAUCCAAGUAUAGUGAAAUAAAUGAAAAUUGUGAACCAUUGGUCAGCAAAGGAAAUCCAAAAGUGUUAAAGCAUAUUUGAAUAGCCAUGAACUGCAGGUCAACAAAGUGCCAGAGUCUCUUGUUUUGGUUGUGGUUAAAAAUGGUUCGAAACUUGGCAGCGGGGGAAUAUGCCCAAAAUGGACAGAUUCCUUGUGCGCACCGGCAUUUGGCCCUAUCUAUUGAGCCACUGAGUUAUUGUUAUUUACAUCUGUUGUAUUAGGCCGGGGUGUGGGGGGCACUUGGGGUUGGGGAUUCAACCUUUUGGGGGAAGUUGUGGUUAAAAAUUAUAUUCACAUAGUCUAAUGAGGAAUUUUCAGUUUGACUAAUUUUCCACUUAAGAAUUUAUUGUCUGUAAUAAUUGACUUGUUUGUACAUACAUGUAUUUAUACA